GCAGCCAGUUGGCGGCGGUGGCCGCUCCUCUGUGGAGCGGGCUCGGCGGGCCCCGGGCGCGUGGAAGAGCCGGAUCGCCCUGCGACUCUACCAGAGGCCUCACUGCUUGCUUGGGUGGAGUAGGAAGCUGUGCAGACAGGCAUCACCUGUUGCAAAGCUGUGGCAGCCGAGGUAGCCGAACCAGGUGUGGACUCCCGACCCAGUCAGUCUUGAUUAUCUAUGACAUGCAGUUAACAAAGCAGCUGGACCUGUUUCCUGAAUGCAAGGUGACCCUUCUGUUAUUUAAAGAUGUAAAAAAUGCUGGAGACUUGAGAAAAAAGGCUAUGGAAGGAUCUCUCAGUGGUUCAUUGAUAAAUCCUACAAUGAUUGUGGAUCCGUUUCAAAUAUUUGUGGCAGCAAACAAAGCAUUUCAUCUGUACAAGCUGGGAAAAAUGAGGACAAGAACUCUGUUUACUGAAAUUAUUUUCAACCUUUCUCCAAAUAACAAUAUUUCAGAGGCUUUGAAAAAAUUUGGUAUUUCAGCAAAUGAUACUUCAGUUCUAAUUGUUUCCAUUGAAGAAGGAGAAAAACAAAUAAAUCAAGAGCACCUAAUAUCCCAUGUGGAUGGCCAUCAGGUUUCUCUGAAAAGUCUUCCUGAAAUCACAGACAUCUCGGAAGUCAAGAAGAUCUAUAAACUGUCAUCACAAGAAGAGAGUAUUGGGACGUUAUUGGAUGGUAUCAUUUGCAGAAUGUCAACAAAGGAUGUUUUGUGAAGUGUCAGAAAUAUUAACGGAAAAUUUCAGGAUUAAAGAAAAUACUGAUUUUUUGGA